CGCCCCCCAUGCGCCAGGCGGCCGGACGGCGGCGUCGGGGGGCGCCAUGGCCUCGGCUGCGGCGGGCGAAGCAGAAGAGACCACCCGGCUGCGCAAGCCACGGUUCUCGUUCGAAGAGAACCAGAUCCUGAUCCGGGAGGUGCGCGCCCACUACCCGCAACUCUACGGCGCACAGAGCCGUCGGGUGAGCGUGGCCGAGCGGCGGCGUGUAUGGGACGGCAUCGCGGCCAAGAUCAACGGCAUCACCAGCUGGAAGCGCACUGGCCAGGAGGUGCAGAAGCGCUGGAACGACUUCAAGCGCCGCACCAAGGAGAAGCUGGCCCGCGUGCCGCACUCCACGCAGGGUGCUGGGGCUACCGCCGAGGACGCCUUCUCUGCGGAGGAGGAAACCAUUUUCGCCAUCCUCGGGCCGGGUGUGGCAGGGCCAGGAGCUGGUGCAGGGGCCGAGCAGCCCCCAGCGGCCGCCUCCUCACAGCCACUGGCCCCAGGUGCUUGCACCCAACGCUACGUGUUGUCCGAGGACCGCAGGGAAGAUCGACGGGCAGAUACACAAGCCCUCAGCAAGGGGGGCUCCAGCAGCCCGGAGCCCUGGGCCCGGCCCUCCUGCAGUCCCCAGGAAAGGGGCUGCCCACCGCCCAAGGAGCGUGAGUCCUCGCCCCCUCCAGCCCUGCAGACCGUCCAGCUGCCCCGUCUGGCCUUAUCUCCACCGCCCCCGGCCCCUCCACUUCCACCACUCCAGCCACCGCAGCAGGUCCAAGUGGCACCCUCGCCCUCUAGCCCCCCACCCCCUCCACUGCCUCUGCCCACGCCCUCGGCCCCAGACCCCUCCCUGGACUUCCUGCGGGCACAGCAGGAGACUGCCAACGCCAUCAGGGAGCUAGCUGGCACCCUGCGGCAGGGACUGACUAAACUGAGUGAGGCCCUCAGCGCCCUGCUGCCCCUUCUUCCCAGAACCCCAGCUGACCCACUGCCCCCACCUCUGCCCCCACCUCCACCCCCCAGGCCUGUCCUGCCUCCACCCACCCCCAAAGUGGAGAUCACCCCAGAGCCCCUGUCUGUGGUGGCUGCUGUCGUGGACCGGGCCAAGGUGGCAGCCAGGGGGGUGAUCAUGGCCCCUAGAAGUGAGGAGGGGGCCUCCCGGCCACCCCCAGCCCCACUUCCUCCCCAUGAGUCCCCCCCUCACAAGAGGAGGAAAGGUUUUCCUACAAGGAAGAGGCGGGGGCGAUGGAAAUCUCCGUGAAAUCUACCAUUGGGUUCAAGCUUGCCUAUGCUCUCUGCCAGCACCUCCUCGCCCAGCUUAGCCCAGAGGAGGAGGGCCAUGCACCUUCCCCAUGCCAGCUGCACCCUGGCUUCCUGCUGCAGGGGCGCGAGCACCCCACUCCCUGUACUAGUUAGUGCCUGAUUCGUGGGGGGCCUCAUUGAUGGGCCCCCCAGCCCUUUCUCCAGUACAGCGCUGUCUGCCUGGCUGCUUUCCUUAACCCUGACUUCUAAGCCAUCAAUUUUAUGUUAUUUAUUAUUGCCCUUUGUGGGCUGCAGAGGAAACCUCGCGGGUCUGCACAUACCCCCUUCCCUAAUCACUCCUGGUCUUGACUUGAAGAGAAUUGAGCUGUGGGGGCCUCCUCACAUCCCUACUCCAGACUUUGGAGGGAGUAGGGGUUGCAAGACAAAUCAGAAUAUGAAUGACAAUGAGGAUACGCUAGGGAGAGGGGGUGAGUUCUCACUGGGGAGGUGUAGGUUGGGUCCUCUGCCUCCCAUUGCAGUCUCUGACCUCCAGAGCUCAACCCCCUCCUUUUUCCUCAUGGUGACAAGAUAUCAAUAAACUUAUUUUUAAUACAA